GUAGCGCCGCCGUGAGGAUCCUCGUAACUCACAACCGAAGUGCUCUGCGAGACGGCUACCACCUCGAUUCGAGACGACUGCGACAUAAGCGAAUAUCCUGACUGAUCACCGGACCCGCUUGUGAGCGUUGCAGAGAGACCCCACCGCUACACCAGCCAGUGGUAUCCGACGACGAAUACCCGAAGAAACAUCAACUUCACCGUAGCGUGACAACCAACACCCCAUCGUGUCCAACACAACAAUGACUAUCUCCUUUGGCUGCUGCUGACCGCAGGCAGUGUUUUCGGUCUUUCGACAACAAAAGCUUGUGUCGAAAAGUACGAGCACGUUUGUUCGUAGCAGGAGUUUUGCUGUCGUCGGAAUCGUGGGUGUUUCCAGCCGCCACGCCGGGGGCAAGACGUACACACCGGUUGCGCGUAACAAGCGGAGAACGUGGGAACAUAAAAAACCUGGACAAAGAAAAGCGACAAGACUGGGCGACGAGAGAAAAGAGAGCGCGGGAUAGACAAAGAGACCAGGAGGUGCAGUUUCUCGCCGCAGCUAUAGGAAGGUGGCAUCCGGAGACAUGAAGCUACCGCGAAGCAACGACGAGCUGGUGGCGUACAUGAAGAAGCAUGGCAUGGUGAAAACGCCGGCUAUUAUCGAGGCGUUUCGGGCCGUGGACAGGGGAGACUUCGCCACCCCUAACCUAGGCCAGGUGGUGUACUUCAAUAGGCCGGUCCAGGACGGCGACGUCCACCUUUCGGCGCCCUUCAUCUACGCGGACGCCCUCGAAGAGCUGAGCCCCAGGCCGGGCAUGUCCUUCCUCAACAUCGGGAGCGGGACAUGCUACCUAUCGUACCUCGUCUCCAUGCUCGUCGGAGAGCUCGGCGUCAACCACGGCGUGGAGCUGAACGAGGCCCUGCUGGAGCAUUCGGCGCGCUGCAUCGCCUCGACGGACGAGAGGCUCGGCCGCAACACCGACAUACAGGUCCUCCACGGCAACGGGCUGAGGGUGGCGGUGGAGCCUGGAUGCGGGUACGAUUGCGUGUACGUGGGAGCGGGCUGCGACCCGGACCUGACGCUACCGUACCUCCAGGGUCUCCUCAACGUAGGGGGCGUGAUGGUGGUACCGUUUCGGGAGGAGCUCAUCCGCAUGGAGCGAAUGGCGGACGGGUCAUUUAGCAUCCGAGCCCUGUGCAACGUGUGCUUCUCGCCGAUAGUUAUGGCUGACGCAAAGAAGGAAGGAUUCCGCGGGACCCCGGAGCCUCCUCCGGCUGUGAGGUUUGUGGUGAAGCCAUGGUCUCCCUUGUGCCACUCCGUGUACCCCCGCUCCUUCCGCGAAACCGUGCUGAACGUGCUCAUGGCGAACGCUAGGGAGGACUCGCUCCCCGGCACUCUCCCGCCGGCUCUCUGGAUGGAGAUCAUGGGCUUUGCACGGAGGGAUUGGUUCUCAGAGUCCGCCAUCGUCCAGGAAAGAGAGGCAACGGCCAGGUCCAAGAGGACCGGCGGCGGCGGCGGCGGCAGCGGCGGCGGCGGCGGCCGGAAGGGAAAAGGAAAGGCGGCCAGGGGAAACCGGGGAGGAGGCGGUGGCAGCAUGGAUGCUUCUUCUUCUUCCUCCUCGUCUUCGAUGAUCACCUCGGGGUGUCUUGGGGCGGCCAGGACGAUGGCGCUGCUGCCCGUUAGGGCUGGCAGCGCGGCGGCGACGCAGGUGGUAGCGGUGCGAUCCGUUGUGUCCUCUUGCUUGGUCAAGGAGGUGCUUUGGUCUGGAAACAGGCAGGUCGCGGGGGAGGGGGAGAAACCUAGCAGGCUGACCAAGAGGCGGAGGAAGUAA